UUGUAUUUGUUACUCCGCUCUGUGUCAGCUGAUCAGGCUCGGUGUUGCCGGACAAUGGGUCACCUGUACGGCGGAGUGGAGGGAGGAGCAACUAGCUCAAAUGUGGUGCUGAUUGCUGAGGAUGGGACGGUCAAAGCCAAGGUCAAUGGACCAGCCACCAACCACUGGCUGGUUGGGCUGGAUAAAUGUUUGGAAAGCAUUAACAGUAUGAUCCUGGAUGCUAAGAAGGCAGCCGGCGCAGAUCCUAAAGUACCUCUCAAGUCUUUGGGGUUGACUCUGAGUGGAGGGGAGCAGGAUGAAGCAAUCAGAGCACUGGUCCAACUGCUGAAGGAAAGAUUCCCAAACCUGAGUGAGAACUACUGCAUCACUACCGAUGCUUUAGGGGGCAUAUCGACAGCCACAGACACAGGAGGAAUUGUACUGAUCUCAGGAACCGGUUCCAACUGCAAGCUCGUCAAUCCGGAUGGCUCAGUGAUCGGAUGUGGAGGCUGGGGUCACCUGAUCGGAGAUGAGGGAUCUGCUUAUUGGAUGUCACUGUUGGCCAUAAAGAUUGUGUAUGAUGCUGUUGACAACUACAAGCACACACCAUUCAACAUCUGUCUGGUGGAGGAAGCCAUGUACAGUUACUUCCAGGUAUCUAAUCGAACGGCACUCCUCACUCACCUCUAUCGUACCUUUGAGAAAUCCAAAAUUGCUGGGUUUUGUCGAAAGCUAGCAGAAGCGGCACGAGCUGGAGACCAUCUUUCUUGUCACAUCUUCAGAAGAGGGGGUCAAGAGCUUGCCCGGCACGUUGUGGCUGUUCUGCCGCACGUGCACAAGUCACUGCUUGAUGGGAAGUUUGGUCUGCCUGUAGUCUGUGUGGGAUCUGUGUGGAACAGCUGGGACCUCCUGAAAAAUGGGUUUCUCGAAGUGUUAAAGGAAGUCAAGCAAAGGCCAAUGGCCAAGAACCUAUGCAAGUUUUCCAUGAUGAAGCUGAAAUGCUCUUCAGCGGUAGGCGCAGCGAGUCUUGGUGCCAGACACAUCGGUUACGAUUUACCGAUGGACUAUGCGAACAAUGUAGAUAUCUUCUUUGAACACUGCUUCAAACUCUAGCGAUAGCAAAGUAAUCUGCUUUGACCACUAAGGUCGUGGUCUUGGAAACUAGAGAUGGUGAUAUCAUUCAACAUGCCUUUUUAUAAAAUUUAUUGAUUUUUGCAUAUGUUCACAUAUCAACCAAAACAAAAGUUUACUUGAGAUUGAAUUGCACUGCACACUUUUCAAUUUGGAGAAGUCACUCCUGUGCUGUAAAAUGUCUGAGUAGAUUGCGAAGCCUUCCCAGCAAGGGUAGUAUCUGUACAGUAAUAUCUCUUUCUCUGUGUAUUGCGUCGGCUCUUACACACUCAGUCAGCAGGAUAUCUGUACAUGAUUAGUUUGAGGCCAUUGAGUCAUAGUCAUAAACAUAUACAGCACGAAAACAGACCCUUCACUCCAACCUGUCCAGGCCGACCAGAUAUCCCAACUCAAUCUCGUCCUACCUGCCAGCACCUGGCCCAUAUCCCUCCAAACCCUUCCUAUUCAUAUACCCAUCCAAAUGCCUCUUAAAUGUUGCAAUUGUACCAGCCUCCACCACAUCCUCUGGCAGCUCAUUCCAUACACGUACCACACUCUGCGUGAAAAAGUUGCCCUGUAGAUCUCUUUUAUAUCUUUCCCCUUUCACCCUAAACCUAUGCCCUCUAGUUCUGGACUCCCCCACCCCAGGGAAAAGACUUUUUCUCUUUACCCUACCCAUGCCCCUCAUAAUUUUGUAAACCUCGCGAAGGUCACCCCUCAGCCUCCGACGUGCCAGGGAAAACAGCCCCAGCCUGUUCAUCCUCUCCCUAAUGCUCAAAUCCUCCAACCCUGGCAACGUUCUUGUAAAUCUUUGUUGAACCCUUUCAAGUUUCACAACAUCUUUCCGAUAGGAAGGAGACCAGAAUUGCACGCAACAUUCCAACAGUGGCCUAACCAAUGUCCUGUACAGCUGCAACAUGACCUCCCAACUCCUUUCCUCAAUACUCUGACCAAUAAAAGAAAGUAUACCAAAUGCUGCCUUAAUUAUCCUAAAUAACUGCGAGUCCAUUUUCAAGGAGCUAUGAACCUGCACUCCAAGAUCUCUUUGUUCAGCAACACUUCCUCUGCAUCAGAGGAGUUUGUGCUUUUUCUCACGCACUCACUUCCUUUCGCCCCCCCCCUUUUGCCCCUCCUUCUCUUCUCUCUUUCUCCCCACCUGAUACAUGUGCACUUAUUGUCUCAGUGCUGCUCUCUAUUCACUGAUUGGUGUGUGGUCUUUUUUGUUUUUUUUUGUACUUUUUUUCUUUUCACCACCAUCACCAACGCUCCACAAUCUGCACACUCAGUUGAAUAAAGCCCAUCACAUUUUUUAUCUCCCUUCGAUCUAAGAUUCUGUCCACAGAUGCUGACUAUUUCCAGCAUUUUGUUAUUGUAUUAGUUGAAUCAGUAUGAACUGGUUUUGAAUUCCUAUCAUCAAGUGAUGUCCAAUACCAUUGGCCUCUGAUCUGCCGUCUGUCACAUCAACAUCGCAGAUGGAAGAGACUUUUCUUAUGAAAAAGUAUCAAAAGAUGCUUUUAUAUUUUCAACUAAGGAAGAGUGCUUUGAACUGUAGAAUCUUAAGUCUUAAACUUAAAAGGCAGUUACAAAGAAUGAAGCCAGGGCCAGCUGAAGUAGAAUGUGAAAGUAAGUUAAAGUACAGAUAAGUAGUGGCAGGCAUUUAAGCAGAUGUUUUACUAUGACACUAGGACUCAACAGCACACAAACCAGCAGCCACUCUCCGACAACAACUCACCAGGACAAAGGACCUGAUACCCACCAUGAGCAAAACCAACUUAGCGUACAAAAUCCCAUGCAAGGACUGCACAAAACACUACAUAGGACAAGCAGGAAGACAGCUAACGAUCCGUAUCCAUGAACACCAACUAGCCGCGAAACAACACAAUCAGCUAUCCUUAGUAACCACACACGCAGAUGACAAGCAACGUGAGUUCAACUGGGACAACACUACUAUUAUAGGAAAAGCCAAACAGAGAACAGCCAGGGAAUUCCUAGAGGCAUGGCUCUCAUCCACAGAUUCUAUCAACAAACACGUCGAUCUGGAUCCAAUAUACUGGCCACUGCAGCGGACAGCUGGAACUGACAACCGGAAGCGGUAGAGACAAACCACUAUAAAUGACGGAGGAAAUAGAAGCGCUUCACAGGAGGCUCCCAAGCACUGAGGAUGUCACCUAGACAGGGGAUGAAACAUCUGCAACACAAAUUCCCAGCUCGGCGAACAGAACCACAACAAAUGUUUUGUAACACAGAUAAAUUCUGUUGAGAGACUGUACAAAUAGUAUGAACCAUCAGAGCCUAAGAAAAGAAGUUGAUUGAACCAGACAAAAUGUGCAAUCCUGUAGAGAGAGAGAUAAAUUAGAAUGAAUAGACUAAGUAUAAAAAUAAACAGCAAGGGUUUUUGGCAAGUAUAUAAAAAGGAAGAGAGUAGCUAAAGUAAACUGGUCACUUUGAGGAUAAAAUGGGAAUGAAUAAGAAAGCAAUUGGGAGAGAUUUUGAACAAAUACUUUGAUUGUAGCAGGUAGGUAUUUGUGUCUAUUUAAGAUGACUUGUCUAACAAGAUAUAGUGGCAGGCAUUACAGUCAGGAGGAGGAUUGAGAUGCCAAUAAUUUUGUAACAUAAAAGAUGGGUUCACCAUAGGAAACCCAGUCUUGUAAAGGUAAAACUGAUAGGAUACUGUAUGCUAUUCAUUUUCCCUAUAUACUUCAAAUAUUUGGACUAUAUGCUGAGAUCUAUGGAAUAAAAUAGAAGCUUUUGAAAGUUGGAUGCAGAAACGUGUGUAAAGUUCAAUUCACAGACAAUAAGAUCAAUUCAGAAACACUUGAAAUUACAAAUUCAAAAAGAACCCUUUAAAAAAUCACACUCAGAACAGAAGCUAUUAGUACCGAAGCAGGACUGGCAAGCUAUUUAUUCUAGAGGGUAACGUGGAGACAAGUAGAAUAGGCGAAGGUGUUGACCUUGAUGUGUUGGAUGAUCGAUAUCACAGCGGGUGCAGACGGCUUCUAGUGGAUACGAAAGGAUGAUGUGAAACAAACGAGUGACUUAUCAUGACAACAGAUUUUCAAGGAAUAGACAUAGGAGCAACAGUGUUCAUGGCAGAAGCUUCAAAACUCCCAAGGAAUGUGAAAAAUUCAGGGGCAACAGGCAGCAGGAAUUUCAUGAUUGUGAGAGAAAAUAUCAACAAACUAAUGAAACAGAAUGCUGAUGAGUUCUUUUGAUUUAGAAUCAGAGAUCUACUGCAAGAAAGCAGGCCCUUCUUCCCAACUUUCCUGUGCUGUCCAGCUUCCACAUUUAAGCCGGUCCAUUUGCUUGCUUUUGGUUCAUAUCCCCAUACCUAUCCCAUCCAUGCACCUGUCUAAAUGCAUAUGAUUUAAAAGAUGCACUGCGGAAAUUUACCAAGAUUUCGUGGUCAGCACCUUCCAAGGUCAUGUCCACUGCCAUCUGGAAGGAUAAGGGCAACAGAUGCAAGGGAACAUCACUGCCUUAUAUCAAUGUUCCUUCAGUGACACUGGAUCAAUAUUCUUUAACUCUGUAAUGUCAUUGUAUCUCCAUUGCAUGGUCAGUUCACCACCCCCUUCUCAAGGUCAACUAGGAUUGGUCAGCCAACCAUGCUCACAUCCUAUUAAUUAAUUUUAAAAUAAAGGUUGUUGACAAUGUGGUCGUGCAAUCUCUGAUCUCUCUAAUGCACAGGAAAGCACAUCGUAAAUUGUGAAUACCGUCUAAUAAAUUGAAAACACAUGUAAAA